AUGAUUCUCAUUGAACCUUUGCAUACAGCGGUUAGAGAUACUGUGCUAUCUCAAUUUCAAGCUUAUAAGGAGUACGGAGAAAAUCCUUCAACAAGCCUGUUAACGCUCAUAUUCCUCGUUGACAGCGCACCGAAGCCGAGCGACGUUUUAGCUAAAGUGUCGGACUUUGAUGGAGUUCUGUACACCAUCACGCAAGAAGCUGGCAGUAGUCGUCUCACUGUUAGCAUCUCUCUGAGUUUCUUCAAGGAAAUUGAAAAGUUUGGAGACUCUAAGGUACUUGCGAGAGAAUAUGGAGAGUACCUGAGGCCUAAAGCAGAAUCUGGGGCUUCCGUGACUCUCGAAUUCGAUUGUAACCAUCUUCCAGCUGAUAUCGAGGCUCUUGCUAUCAAAGCGGCUUCUCUACGACGCAAUUGCUUCGCCAGCGUCUUCGAGCACUUUUUCGACUAUCAAAUAGCUAACGCUUCCACGCCGAAUGCCCAAACCCUUCAGGGCACCAUUCACUUCCGCUCAGAUGAAACGAUGUUUGUCCAGGCCAUGCCUGAUCGAGUAACGGUGAUCUUCAGCACCCGUUUCAAAGACUCCGAAGACAUAGUCCUGGGCAAAAUCUUUUUGCAGGAGUUUUCUGAGGCCAAGCGUCGCUUUGAUGGAGCACCACAGGUUAUCUACCAACAUCGCGACCCUCCGAAGGAACUUCGUGGGACCGAUGCGGCCUCCGGGGACAACAUCGCCUACAUCACCUUCGUUCUUUCGCCGCGUCACGUCUCUGUGAAGAACAGGGCGAAAACCAUUGACUUGAUCCACGCAAUGCGCACGUAUAUGCACUACCACAUCAAGUGCAUGAAAGCCUACCUGCAGAUGCGCAUGCGCGCCAAGACGAGCGACUUCCUGAAGGUCCUCAACCGGGCCCACCCCACGCCCGAGUCCGGUCCGGCAAGCUACGCUGUCAAUGUUAGCGACACCUCCGGCAUUGGCAUGCUCAGCACCUCCGCGAGCUUCCGUACGGUCCGAACUGGCUGA